GUGUUAAUGACAAUAACAAAGAGUGGUUCGGUCGAGAAGCGAAAUAUUCACACACGUAUAUACACAGACGACGAAGCGAUUACGUUUCAUUUUCCAACGGCAGGCAAUAUAAUAUAGAUAGAGAGAGGGACAGCCAUCCGUCCUUUAUAACAAACCUACGUAUAAAUUUGUUAGUUCUCGAAUGCGGUCCGUUUCCUUCCUCUUUUGGUUCAUAUCAAGUUUUGUUCGCCAUCAGUCGCUUGGAAAAAAAAACAUUCAAUUCAAUUUCACAAUCUGUAAUAGUGUGUAAACCGACCCUUCGAAUUGUAUCAGUGAAAUAUGGAUAAAAAUAUUAAAGACAUAACCUAUAAUGAAGAAGAGAAAAGUCUGAGGUUUUUUUUGAAAGAUAGACCGAUCGUCGUUUACGCCCCUUCCGAUAUAGGGGAAAACUACGAAAUGACCAAAGUGUCUACUACUCCAUCGAGGAGACUCAAACUCGAUUGGGUGUACGGAUACAGGGGAAAAGAUUGCAGGUCCAAUCUGUAUUUUUUACCUACGGGAGAAAUGGUUUAUUUCGUUGCGGCUUUAGUUGUUCUGUAUAAUCCGGAGGAACAAAGUCAGAGGCAUUAUGCCGAACACACAGAUGACGUCAAAAGUUUAGCAAUUCAUCCCGACAAUAUGACUAUAGCGACUGGUCAAUGCGCCGGUCAUAACGGAAUGGAAAAGAGACCCCACAUCCGCGUUUGGCAUACCGUAUCCCUUCACACCCAAGCCGUAAUCGGUUUGAACGAUUUCGAACUGUCAGUUUGUUGUUUAUCGUUCGGCAAAGCCGACGGAAGUCUUUUGGUCGCCAUAGACGAAGCCCCGGAUCAAACAAUAUCCGUUUGGGAUUGGCAAAAAGGCGAAAACGGUCACAAAAUCACCGAAACCAAAUGUUCCGUCGGUACUAUCGUGGCGGUGGAAUUCCACCCUUUGAGUCGCAACACGAUCGUGACGUGCGGCAAAUCCCACAUAGCGUUUUGGUCUUUGAAGGUGAACGGCACCCUUUACAAACGCAUGGGUAUUUUCGAUAGCAGACUCGAACCGGAAUACGUGACUUGCAUUAAUUUCGUUGAAAACAGACACGUCAUCACCGGAGAUUCCAACGGCAGUUUAGCCUUAUGGAUGUGGGGCACCAACAAGAUAUCCAAAUACGGUGCACGCGUCCACCACGGAUCCGUUUUCUGUAUCUGCGUAACUAAAGACGGAAAUUACAUCACCGGCGGCGGAAAAGAUGGUAGAUUGGUCGGAUUUGAUUGGGAUUUACAACCCACCGGAGUAGUUACUAAGAUCAAAGAACAUUUUGGUGGUAUCAGUAUGAUUUCGGAAGGAAGAUUUGAUCAAAUUUUGAUCGGUACCACUCGCAACUGCAUCCUUUUGGGCAUUUUAGGACGGCAAUUCCAACCGAUCGUAUUGGGACAUUCGGACGAAGUUUGGGCUCUAUCUCCCCAUCCGAACAUACCCCAAUUCGCCACCGCGGGAUACGAUAGAGUGUUGCGACUGUGGGAUUCCAUGUCGCACACGAUCUUAUGGAGCAAGGACAUAGAGGAGCAAGCUCAGAGUAUCUGUUAUACACGAGACGGGACGUGCGUCGUCGUCGGUUGUCUCGACGGUGAAUGGAUGGUGUUCGACGUCCAAACCAGGGAACUUUUGGGCGAAUACAUCGAUGGAAAAGAACCGAUUCAAGUGAUCACAUUUUCGCCGGACGGUACGUCCGUCGCUAUGGGGUCCAGAAACAGCCAGAUUUAUAUUUACCAAGUGUCCGAUGGCGGAACUAAAUACUCGAAAGUCGGACGGUGUUCGGGUCAUUCGAGUAGCGUGACUCAUCUCGAUUGGGCUAACGAUAAUCAAACUUUGAGAUCGAAUUCGGCGGAUUACGAAUUAUUAUUUUGGAAUGCCGGUACUUGUUGUCAAAUACCUCAAAGUAGCAUUGCGCGCGACGUCGAAUGGGCUACGAAUACUUGUACCAUAACUUUUACCACCGUCGGUAUAUGGCCGGAAAACGCCGACGGCACCGACGUCAAUUGUUGCGAUAAAAGUCACGACGCCGAGCUGUUGGUUACCGGAGACGAUUUCGGGAAAGUUAAAUUAUACAGUUACCCGACUAGUCAACCGAGGUCUCUGUGUCAUAGUUACGGUGGUCAUAGUAGUCACGUGACUGGUGUUAACUUCUUGUACGAUGAUUCGAGGAUUAUAUCGAUCGGAGGUAAUGACACCGCCGUUCUUCAAUGGACCGUUUCUUAAAAAGAUUUUCUUUUUAAUUUGAAUUUGACUAGUUAAGAAGCAACACUUGUAGCAUUUAUUAUAUCGUUAUUUAUUAUCCCACCAAUUGUAGCACUAUCCUAAAAAAAAAUUAAAGAAAAAUUAAAUUUGUGCCAGAAAAUAUAUCUAAAGCAAAAUCUCGAUAAUACCCUGUAUAUUUUUAUGUAUAAUUUACAACGUGUGCUAAAUAAUAUUUUUAUACAUAUAUA